CCGGAGAGGUGGGGUUGCGUACUGCGGAGAUCUGUGAGGUUGGCCGUGCGGGGUUGAAGCAAGCGGAGCGAUCAUGUCGCACAAACAAAUUUACUAUUCGGACAAAUAUGACGACGAGGAGUUCGAGUACCGGCAUGUCAUGUUGCCCAAGGAUAUAGCCAAGCUGGUCCCUAAAACACAUUUGAUGUCUGAAUCUGAGUGGAGGAAUCUUGGUGUUCAGCAGAGUCAGGGAUGGGUCCAUUAUAUGAUCCAUGAACCAGAACCUCACAUCUUGCUGUUCCGGCGCCCACUACCCAAGAAGCCAAAGUAAUGAAGCUGCCAAGCCACUUUUCAGCCUGAAGCUUUAAACAGCUGUCCUUUCUAACAUCUUUCUGAUAACAUUAUUACAUUGCCUUCUUGUUUCUCACUUUCUUCAAUACACUGUUUGAAUGUGCUGGUUACUGCUUUACUUCCUGAGUAGAGCCAGUUACCACAGCCCAGCCAGAUGGGGGCCACAGCCUCAGGGGAGUGUGGCCCCAGAGCCACCUUAUGCUCUGUGUCCAGAAUGCACUUGGAGAUAGAGGGAAUAUCUGAGAAUAAGACCAUGGCUGUUACAGGGAUUGUGUGAAUUUGAUGUUUUGUGUUUUCCUGCUGGGUGUUUUAUAUGUGGUGACUUGCCGAUUUGUUUCAAUGUAUUGGAAACUUUCCAUUUUAUUCAAAAAAAUCUGUUUCAUGUUUAAAAGUCUUGAUUAAAGAAGUUUUUAUAAUCU